AUGGCAGAUGCUAUGGCAGUGGCGUAUUUCCGAGGCAUAGCUGCAAGCCAACUUCUCAUCUCUCCGAAUAUCAAAGGGUCAAUGAUUGCCGUUGGGAUGUCCGAUGAGGCGACCCGGGUAUACCUGAGGAAACUAAGCUCUGGAAAAGCUGGAGUGGCUUGCAUCAACAGUCCAUCCAGUGUGACUGUUUCCGGCGAUGAAACUGCUAUUGAUGAGCUGGUAGAAAUGUUGAAAGAUAAAUCUGUGUUUUUCCGCCGUCUAGCAGUCGACGUUGCGUACCAUUCGCACCAUAUGGAAAUUGCCGCCAAUGAGUAUCUCAGUUCUAUUGAGCACAUUUCCCCUCGCCAUGACCACACACUCGCAUCGCAACUUGGAAAAAUUGCCGUUUUCUCAUCCGUCACGGGAUCCGAGAUACGACCUAGCGAGAUGGGACCUCAGUACUGGGUGUCAAACCUCUUGGGGCAGACAGUCAUCAAAAUGUGGCGAAUCUGA